AAGAAGCUGGUGCUCAGUCUGGUGACUGAAGCCACAUCGCUAGCAUGCGUUGAGGUAGAAGAGUAGUAGCGCUAGCCUCCUCUGCCUCACCGAGGUGCUUGCUUGCUCACUUUAAACAAAACUCUUCUCCUUAAUCCAGUGAAUUGAGAUCUGUGGUGAUUGCUCACGUCUCGUUACUGCUUCUAUUGAUUUCAGUGAUUCGAAUCUGCAGACUUUCUAGGAACCUUCUGAGUGAUAAAUGCUUUAAUGGUGAUCUCUAAAGUGAUAAACAUUCGAGAUCGUCAGAGUACUUGAACGUUCCACUGAAGAAUAAUAAGAAAAGUUUGUAGGUGUUAGUUAGCAGUUGUUGCUUCUUGACCUGUUGCUCGUCCUGCCGUGUUUGUUGCUGUUUGCUCUCGCUGCUUGUUUGCAAGAGGGAGCGUUUGUGCUAUGAGUAGCCGCAUGCACUCUGCUCGUAACUCCGCGGCGGCCGCCGCUGCUGCGCAUGGAGCAGCCUCUGCCAAUUCUGCCAAGGUUGGGGGAGCUGCCGCAGUUCUAGGAGGACCCCGCCCCCCGUCAGCCACUUCAGGAGUUCACGAUCAGCGAGCCAAGACGAUAUUGAAGGAAGCCGUCGAUGCCGUUGUCAACAGCUUCGCUAAACACACACAAGGAUAUGGCAGAGUGAACGUGGUUGAGGCGCUGCAGGAGUUCUGGCAGAUGAAGGCCCAGCGAGGCACGGAACUGCGGAACGGAGCACUCGUCAUCUACGAGUCUGUACCGUCGUCCGCACCGCCCUACGUCUGCUACGUCACCCUGCCCGGUGGCUCCUGCUUCGGCUCAUUCCAGAACUGUCCUACGAAAGCAGAAGCUCGCCGCAGUGCUGCGAAAAUAGCGCUCAUGAAUUCAGUAUUCAAUGAACAUCCGUCGCGACGAAUCUCAGACGAGUUCAUCGAGAAGGCCGUGACAGACGCCAGGGCUCAGUUCAAGGGUGACCCUGGAGAGGCAGACAGUCCUAGCACAGGGAUCGGGGCCUUCAGAUUCAUGCUUGAAACUAACAAGGGCCGCACGAUGUUAGAGUUCCAGGAACUGAUGACGGUUUUCCAGCUGCUGCACUGGAACGGCUCCCUGAAAGCCAUGCGUGAGCGGCAGUGCUCAAGGCAGGAGGUGGUCGCACAUUAUUCCCACAGAGCUCUGGACGACGACAUGCGCUCACAAAUGGCCCUGGAUUGGAUCGCUCGCGAGCAGGAAAAUACAGGCGUGAUAGCGCGCGAGCUCGGCCAGAGUGAGCGAGAACUUGAGGCGGCAAGGCUAGCCGGCCGAGAGCUCAGGUUCCCUAAGGAAAAGAAGGAUAUACUCAUGCUCGCUUGUUCGCAACUCUCCCCCUCUCCUUUGGAUCCUUGAAUUGUUUUCUUUCAAGAGUGCUCGAUAUUAUUUAUAGGGCUAGAAGGAACCAUAUAUGAAGUUUUUGUAAGUAAAAGCUUGCGUUUUGUAAUUUUAAGGUCGCGUGAUUAGUAUUGUACAAAGUGUAUAAAGUGACUCCAAAGAAUAUUAUGUAAUUAUAGAAAUAUGAAUUAGAUCGUCCAGUUGAGUUUCCUUAACGAAAAAUUUGCCCUCUGUUUUUAUAUUUCCCGAUAGAAUAAGAUUUGUUGAAAAGUUACUGAAAUUGUCCUCCUGUCUCGCUUUCAAAAGAAUAUCCCAAGCUUUUUUCUGUAAGGUGAUUAGAUCGAUCUCAAGUAUUUCACAUUGCGUCCCUUUUUGUUGGUAGAAAUAAGUCGAUGGUUUUAUUAUUACUCGAAAUAUUGUGUUGGUUAUGUUACCGAGCCUAAUGCAGCUUGAACUGUUCGCGCAUAAAGGUGCUUCCUGUCAUUAACUUUUUUUGCUGCUUUCUUGUGCCUAUGCCUGAUUUACAAUUUUAUUCAAAAACUUAUACGGGAUAUUUUCGGGAGCUGGAUUUUUUCUCAGUAUUAAUGUUUGGUUUUUCUCUUUGACGGAGGUAAUUAAUUGUCAUAACACCUAGUAAGAGUUCUUCAAUAUUCAAACGCCAGAACAUCUCGUAGGUGCGAUCCUAGAGCCUUCUAGUUUGGUUGUUCCAAAAACGCAACUUUAUUUUCAGAAAAACAAUUUUAAAAAUCGAUUUUGAAAUUUAGUUACUUAGUAUACUUCAUAGUGAAAUGAAAUCGUGGUUCAAAUUUAUUGAGAAAUAAUAAAGAUAUUUUUGCGGAAGUGUGUUUUAAUCGUGAAAUUCAUUAAAUCAUCGCAGAAGCAGUGCAAACUUUUUUUCACGCUCACAUUAUUUAUGCGUUGGUAUUGAUAUAAAUUGUUCAGCGUAUCGCAUGUAGGAAAUAGUAUGUAGUGCAUUGUCAAAAUAAAACAUGAGUUUCUUCGUAAAUACUUCGAUCAAUUUUCUCCUGUAAGAACUAGUUGCUCCUGAAAUAUUUUCGCGUUUGGCUUUUCUAUGCUUACGUGCUCUAGUGAUUCUACUUAAAUAAUAAGCAUUCUUUGUGGGCGCUUUACUUAUGUAUAUUGUUCAGAAAUGUUUGUUGUAAAUUGCGAGUAUUUAAAUUGUCUGAAUUCGUUGGCGCACAGAAUUAUCUGAAAUUGCGUCAAAAUGUAAUUGUUUGUUCCUAUGUUACCAACCAUAACAUCCACGCGAUAUUCUUCAUUUAAAUUACACGAGAAUUAGAUUUUAAAUGUGAAAUUAAUUUUUGAGAAUUUCAAAAGAGCUUGCAAGGCUGAUAGGCCCACUGCAUCCUUUCUGGACAGUUCGGAAGGGAUAGUUGUCUUUCAAGAAUCGUUGAAUCUUUUUAGCAUUAGAAUUUCGUUGAUAUGUAUUUAUGUCUGCUAGCGUGUAUUUAUAUUCUUGUGUAAAUAGCAAGUUUCUGUUGAAGAUUAUGGAAUAUUCUCUUUCUUUGAGGUUUCUUAGCGCAGCUUAUUUCCAAACGCUACCUGUUUUCUCGUUUAAAAUCUGCUUCAAUUUUUGACUAAUUUUCAUGCCAACAUCAAAGGUUCCGUGUUGAUUUAUAACCCUUGGACGUUCCGCAGAAUGCUUGGGAAUGAGCAGUUGUCCACCAAAAAUUAGUUAGAGACUAAAAUGAGAUGCAAUGAUCCUAGGCUUUUAUCGGAACAAGGUUAACUGCCCAGAUAUUUGCUGUGUCCCACAAAAGAGAAAAAAAGGAUCCUUAAUUUUUACACAGAUAACCUUGGGCGUUUAACAAGCAAAAGUAAUAAUUAGAUAAACGUUGUGAAUUGAU